AUGUCUUGCGAACACUGCGUUACUGGCGUGCGCCACGAAGGUACACCUGAGGGCUCCUUCGUCGAGAUCGCUGGCAUCCAAUGUUACGUCGCUACUCCCGCCGACGAGUAUGACAAGGCCAAGGUCAUUCUCUACAUCACGGACGUCUUUGGCAUUGAGCUUGUCAAUCACCUCCUUCUUGCGGACGAUUUCGCUCGCGCUGGUUUCAAGAUCGUCGUUCCCGACCUCUGCGAAGGCGAUCCUCUCCCGUCGGACUUUUUCACCGACCCGAAGUACAAGGAAAAGCUGAUGGACGACCUUCAGGCGUGGCUUGCCCGCCACACUUUUGCGCACAACACUAAGCGCGUGCAAAAGGUCAUUCAUGCGCUCAAGGCCGACGGCGUUCAGCGCUUCGGGUCGACGGGAUACUGCUACGGAGGGCGAAUCAUUUUCGACCUCGUGUACGUCAAUGAGCUUGACGUUGCGGCCAUGUCCCAUCCCUCCUUCCUCGAGAUCGCCGACUUGGAGAGAUAUGCCACGAACCACAAGAUACCGCUUCUGAUCAACAGCUGCGAGGUCGACACACAAUUCACCGAAGAGAAGCGUAACAAGGCGCUCGAGGUCUUCAAGAAUUGUUCGGUCCCUUUCAAUCAGCCAUACUUCCCCGGGUGCACGCAUGGCUUCGCUGUUCGUGGUGACAUGAACAACGCUUUGAUCAAAGCUGGCAAGGAGGGCGCUUUCAAGAGCAUCGUGGACUGGCACAAGAAAUAUCUGUAG